CCAUGUGUGUGUGUGAUGCUCAACGUGUAUUGGAUAUUGUCUUUCACAGUGAUCUUGGUGACGGGCGUGAGUGGCUACCUUGGGUCCCAUAUCGCCAAGCUGCUGCAAGAGGAAGGCUAUAAAGUCCGAGGUACUGUCCGAAGCCUGGAAAAUGAGGCCAAGCUAGAAGUCCUGAGGAAUCUCGUGCCAGAUGCCAAGUUUCCUCUAGAGCUUGUGGCUGCUGACCUUACCAAGGAUGAAGGGUGGGACAAGGCAAUAGAAGGCUGCUCGGGCAUCAUGCAUGUUGCAAGCCCUUUCCCUGACAUUACUACCAAAGCGAUACCAGAAGAGGACUUGAUUGUGCCAGCUAAAGAGGGAACCCUAAGAGUCCUCAAAGCUGCCGCUGCUCAGGCCAACACCGUCAAGCGCGUUGUCCUCACAUCCUCCUUUGCGUCUGUUUUUGGCGAACCCACCCCUGAACCAGACAAAGAAUACAACGAAGAAAGUUGGACUGACCCCGAGUCCGCUACAAUCGACACCUAUACUAAGUCUAAAGCUGUUGCUGAAAAGGCAGCAUGGGACUUUGUGAAGGAACUUCCAGAUGACCAGAAGUUUGAACUAGCAGUGAUCAACCCAACUCUCAUCCUGGGACCAGCACUUAUAGAAGGGCACAAGAGUGCCACUUCAGUUAAUUUUAUGGUACAGAUUGUAAAUAAGGCAUACCCAGCUGUCCCUCGAUUGAAUGUCCCAAUUUGUGAUGUACGGGAUGUGGCAAAAGCCCACGUGAAGGCCUUGACACUGCCUGAAGCGGCAAACAAUCGCCACAUUAUAUACACGGAUAGUGUGUGGGUGAAAGACAUCGCACUGGCAGUUGCCAAAGAGUUCAAACCUCAGGGGUACUCCAUCCCUACAGGACAGCUACCCUACUUCUUGUGUUGGGUGGCUGGACUCUUCAAUAAAAGCAUGAAAAAUAAUAUCUUGCCUCGCAUUGGCAAAGUGAUGAAGAUCGACAAUAAAAGGAUGGUGGAGGUCUUAGGGUUGGAACCAACAGCAGUUGACUGUACCCUGAAUGAUAUGGUCUAUUCUCUAGUUGAUAUUGGUAUUGUACGCAAGGCAAAGAAAUAUAAGCAAGCUGGCUCUCGAGCAGAAGUGCCGGCUGUCAACGGAGAUGUGGAAGAUGAUAAGAAGGAGGAGAAAGAAGGUGAAGAAAAAGAUGAGGGUGGAGAGAAGAAGGAACUUGAGCCUGAAGAUAAAGAAGAGAAAAAAGAAGGCGAAGAAAUUAAAGAAGAUAAACCAGAACAGAAGGAGGAAAUCAAAGAUAAAGAGGAAGGUGCAAAGGAAGAGAAGAAGGAGGAAACCGAGUCUGAGAAAUGAAAAAUGAAAAGGAGGAGUAAGAGUGAAGAUUAUUCUGAACUCUCCAAAUUUCGUAUCUGGAUCAGUUUGAGUUUUGAUAGUCCGACUGAGUGUGGGGCAAUGGUGCAAACCUACAAGUAGAGGAGAAUGUUCACAGGACUUUUGGAAAGAAUGUCUAUAUGUGGAGUCCAUUAUUGUUUUGUCUGUUGAAAGGUGCUCAAUGUUUUAUGUUUUUCAAUACUUCAUACGUAGUCCUUUUUUUUGUCAGGUUUGUUUUCAGUAUUAAUGUAUUACCAAUGCAUAUCUACUUAUAAAUGUGUGUAUUGAGUCAGUGUGAAGUCUGAAAGGAUUUGUAUGUUACUACAGUUCAAAGUAGCAUGGAAUCGGUAAUGCAGAUGAAUAGGCUGAGAACAUAAUUUUUUUCCCCUCAUGAUUUGACAAUAACUUAUCAAAAGUUACAAUCUUUGCAGCUUCAAACAGGAUAUUCUAUUUGAUUAAUUGAGGUGCCUUGAUUUUUUGAAACCUUGAUGUGAUAGCAGUCAGGCCAGACAAAAGGGAUGUCUGUCAACUUUUGGGAAUUGCACAUUCCACACACUGGCAUUUAAUUUACUCUGCCUUAUUCAAGUGCAUCUAAUAUUUAUUAUAGACUUUUAUACACAGAAGAUUUGAUUAUCUUAUUCUUAUUAACCUGUUUAAUACUCCCAUAACUCAAACUCCUCAAGGUUAAACAAUGAUUGGCAGAACAAGUAUCACUGACAAGGGAGUAGUGCAAGACAAUAUUGGCAUCAUUGCCAAAUGAAGAUUAAGCAGUGAAAAAUAUUUGAGGACUUACAUAAAAGGAAAUAUGGCUAUGUUUACAGCAUAUCUUUAGAAUUAUUUAAGGCAAAUAUUAGUCAUGAAUACUGUUUGCAAAAUGCCAUUGUAUUCCAUGGUGGAAUAUCAAGUUAUUAGUGGUAAUAUUUAUCUAACAAGGUGUGUCGGCAAAACCUAAAUGCUUAGAAACAAACAAGACAACUUACACAUCAUUUAAUAUAAAUGUCUGGAGCACGUCUUCCUCUAUUUCUCCCUCUACUUCGUUUACAUCUACUGUACUAAGGGGACGUGGCCAGUUUUAAGUAAGUAUGUUUCUUGGUGCACAGGUUUUGAGGAUUUACCUUUUAUCUGUGAUUAAGUAAUUGGUCAUGACAAGAAUAUUCUCCAUGCUUACAAUUUGUAGUAGCAUUUUCUUAUGAAUGUAUAUAUUUUUACUAUUUCUUAAUUUUGUAUGCACUUGUAUGAAAUGUCAAAUGAUGUGAUAUUUUUGUUAUUGCUCAAUUUAGUUUGCGUAGAAUAAAAUUCUUAUGAUGAAAAGUUUCUGCCAUAGAGUGUGCAUCCUUGCGCCAAAAACAAAAAAAAACACGAAAGUAGAAACUGGUAGAUUUUGUACCAGCUGUAAUAUUCUUAUAACUUCAUCAUUAAUUCUUGUAUAACAGGAAGUUGUAGUAAAAAGCACCAUUUUGUUGCGUAUCAAAAUGUUGGAGCAUUUCUUUCUUCAUGCUGCUGCAAUAGGUUGUAAGUCUAAAUUAUUCAAUAACUUCAGGGAGUUUUCCCACCAUGACACUGGUACGGUAAAUGUUUGAAUUUUAACAAGUCAUUGAAACGAAAAGCUCCCUUUGAUGGCCUGUUCAAGACAAAUUACAUAUAUUUAAAUAAAGUGCUUCUAACAUCAUUCAUUUUCUCUGGUUUGCACAAAAGGAAAAAAGAAGUACUGUAGGUCCAUAUUUAGGAUUAUGCGAUUCACAGAUACACAUCUUUUUAAUAUACUGUAUAUUUGAGAUAAGUGUCUGGCCGUACUAUAAUGUGAGACCAGGAAGUUGUAUACAUGUUGGCUGGAUUGUGUCGUAAUGGAGGUAACACUGAGUUAAUGCCUUUAAUGUCAGUAAUGACUUAAUGUGUGUAGCUUUUGAGGCUGUUUACCUCAUCCACUGGCUAGCAUUCCUUCAUUUAUUUUAUACAAUAGAUUUAUACUUCUUAAAUGGGUAGGGUGUGCUGUACCACCCUAAUGCAUUGUUUCAUUAUUUUGAUAGAUUGAAAGGAGUAUAGCCACUCCGAGGCAUCUCUUACAAGUUCUUUUGGUGUUCCUGUUUCUCUUCAUGACACUUAUAACUAAAAAAAUAAAAAAAUAGCCUCCAGGUAUGUUCAGUAAGAUGGCUAAUGGGUGGACCAGUGUCAUUAAACAGUGACAGUUGACUUAAGUGGAUGAUUUAUCUUUUACAAAGUGUGUUAACCUAUUAACUUCCAUCAUAGGCCAAAACUUGUCACAUCAAAUUAUAUAUAUCCAAAGGUAGAUAGGUUUUUGAUAUACAGUAUUUAAGUAAAGGCCACCUUUACCCUGCCAAUACUGCCAAAUCUUGUGGGGCCAAUGCUGAAGUUUCAGUAUGACAUACAGUUCAAGUACAUGUUCGAGGCAGAUUCCAUAAUGAAUUAUAUUCUUAAGCCUGAUGGGUUGCUUUUAGGAAUGAUUAUCAUUCCAUUCAGUCAGCGGAAACUGAUCAAAUGCACAAAGCUUUAGAGGGCCAUCUGUAAUUAUCAGUUUUUAUAUGAAAAUACAGGUUUCUGUUAAUCCAGUUUAACCAGUUUCGUAUUUUUUAGAGUAGAGCAAAAAUUGCCCAAUAAAAUUAUUAUUUUUUAAGAACAGUGAAUAUAUGAUGAAAGCCACUGUUAUUAUAGUGUGUGUAUAUUGUGAAAUGUAUUUAUAUUGUAAUUAUAGAUGGCCCUUAAGUUAUAUACAGUACAUGUGAUUUAGGAGUUAAUUCGUGGCAAUGUCCAUCUGAUAACGUAUCCCUCUGCUCCUCCACUUGAAUGGAAAAUUACUGAAUGAAUUCCAUUUAGUGUGUAGCUGGAUGAAUAUUAUGCAAGAGCCAGACAAGUUUGCUGCUAGAAUUGGUGUAAGUGAGGCUGGAGCCGCAGAUAUAUUAGGCCAGAAAAACAUAACAAAAAAAAACAAAAACAGUGUUCACUUGGAUAUUAAUAUACAAAGCUCCAUGGUGAAGACAGUAUUACAGAUAGUGAAUCAUUAUCUUAUGCAUGUUGGAGGAAUGCAGUUUUGAAUUGUCAGUGAUGGCCUAGGUUUGAAGUGGGUUGUGAUGGCUUAGUGGUGCAUCAGGAACAGUAAAGGCUAAGUCUGUA